GCAUAUAUUCAAUUUCUAGAAUACCCUCUCCAUUUUUUCCCUUGGAACGGCACACACUCGAAUAUAUUAGACAAAACAUAUAUUCGUGCAUAUACAAACCGUCCAAGUUUCAAACUCUUUUUCUCUGUUCGUUGUCCAUUCAUUUUCAUCUCCCUAUCCACUCUUCUCCUCUUGAAAUAACUAAAUCACACCAACCCAGAUUCAAUCAUCUUCAAAAUCCACCUGCAAUCAUUCAACUUUUUGUUCGACCGAUCAAAAUUAAAAAAAAAAUCCUUUUUAAAUCAGCCCACUAUAUCCUCUCGAUUUCAGCCGGCCGGAAAGUCCCCGUCUCGGAUUCCCAAAUAUUUUACUUCAGCUGAAAAUGAUUACGUCAUCAACAGAUUUCGUUUCAAAGUCAACGCUUUGACUUGUUUUGCAAAGAAUCUGAGUAGGAGAUGAUGCGAAUGAGGGAGUUGACCUCCGUCAAAGAAAAAAAUAACGAAUUGGAGGUCCGGCCGGGAGGAAUGCUGGUUCAGAAGCGAGACCCGGAUGAGGCACUCAACCGGAUUCCUCCCCCUACAAUAAGAGUUCGGGUCAAAUACGGGUCAAUAUACCAAGAGAUGAUCAUUAACUCUACGGCUACAUUUGGUGAAUUGAAGAAGAUGUUAUCCGGGCCUACCGGACUGCACCAUGAAGAUCAAAAGAUAAUAUACAAGGAUAAAGAGAGGGCCUCUAAAACGUUUCUUGAUGUUGUGGGUGUAAAGGAUAGAUCGAAAAUGGUGUUGUUGGAUGAUCCAGUUAGUAGAGAGAAGAGGUAUGUGGAAGCUAGAAGGAAUGCCAAAAUUGCGAAAGCUGCUAAAGCGGUUUCGGAUAUUGGUUUGGAGGUGGAUCGGCUUGCUGGUCAGGUAUCCGCGCUUGAAUUGGUUAUAUCGAAAGGAGGGAAAGUCGCGGACGAGACAAUGUCGAAUUUGAUCGAGUUGUUGAUGAACCAGCUUCUAAAGUUGGAUGAAAUUAAGGUCGAUGGUCCCUAUGGAGAUGUGAAUCAGCAGAAGAAAUUGCAGGUAGAAAAGGUGCAAAAAUUUGUUGAAACUCUGGAUGUUUUGAAGAUUAAAAACACGAAAAGGAACAGAGUGAAUAAUGGUGUCACCACCGCCCCAAACCGCCACCAAUCUGGGCGGUCGGUUGAGAAAUUUGCUCCAAUUGCGGCCGCGAGUCAACAGCGAGAGGUGUCAAGUAAGAACACAUCAAGGGGAGUUGUGGUGACCACACAAUGGGAGACUUUUGAUUCAUUGCCAACAAUUAUUCAGGCCCCACCAUCGACAUCAACAUCAACAUCAAUCACCGGUGAAACAAAACAACACAACUUCAAUUGGGAUUUGCUCUUAAAGUAGUUGGAAACGUCGGUUUCAAUGUGUGUGACUUUUUGGAUUUUUGUUCAUACUUGGUUUGGCAGGCAUCCCUCUUCAUUCUUUUCUAUACCUAUUAGUUUUUAGCAUCUUCUCUUUCUCUCUUUUUUAUUUAUUUUAGGUUUAUUAGUGUGUUUUUGCCAUUUCUUAUUCAAAUAAAGGAACAUUUAUUUCCAUAUUAUUGUUUUUAUGAUCUUAAUCAAAUUAGUAAACUCUCA